GCUGCUGUAUUGCUGAAGUCCAUAUCUAUUUCACCCACUCUUCCUGACCGUGUGCUCCAUGAUUUGAGACUAGGAGGACCUCAGUGUUCUGAAAUGAAGAUGGAGGGAGUGGGAAAAGCAGAGGAACUUGUUGAUUCAGAAGUUCCAACAAAGACUUCUGAAAAGCAAGAGAUGGUUCCUGAUGAAGAUGGACCUAUAGAACUGGACACACAAACUCGGAGAGACACAGUGCCCACUGCAGCAGACCCUGGGGUGCUCUCUUCCAUGCCUUGCUUGCUGAUGGAACUGAGGCGAGACUCCUCAGAAUCUCAGCUAGCAUCUACAGAGAGUGACAAGCCAACGGGUGGCCGAGUUUAUGAGAGUGACUCUUCCAAUCAUUGCAUGCUUUCCCCUUCUUCCAGCGGGCAUUUAGCUGACUCAGACACCUUGUCUUCCACAGAAGAGAAUGAGCCUUGUCAAGCGGAAGCGGCUGUGGAGGGAGACCCUUCUGCGGUGUCUGGGGCUGCAGUUGGGAGGAAAUCCAGGCGAUCCAGAUCCGAAAGUGAAACUUCAAUAAUGGCUGCCAAGAAAAACCGACAGUCUAGUGAUAAGCAGAACGGUCGAGUUACCAAGGUAAAAGGUCACCGGAGCCAAAAGCACAAAGAGAGAAUCCGGCUGUUAAGACAGAAGCGGGAGGCAGCUGCUCGCAAGAAGUACAACCUGCUGCAGGACAGCAGUACCAGCGACAGUGACCUGACGUGUGACUCCAGCACAAGCUCAUCAGAUGAGGAUGAAGAGGUUUCAGGGAGCAGCAAGACAAUCACUGCAGAGAUACCAGAUGGACCUCCCGUUGUAGCUCAUUACGAUAUAUCAGACACAAAUUCAGACCCAGAAGUGGUAAAUGUGGACAAUCUGUUGGCAGCUGCAGUAGUUCAAGAGCACAAUAACUCUUUAGGAAGUCAAGACUCGGGAUCUACCUGGAGGACCAGAGGGCUGCUACAUGAGCUAAGUGCUGAUACAGGUCAUUUGGAUCCAGGCUUCCUUGCAAGUGACAAAACCUCCUCUGGUAAUGCCCAGAUCAAUGAAGAAAUUAAUAUCGCCUCUUCUGAUAGCGAAGUAGAGAUUGUUGGAGUUCAGGAACAUGCCAGGUGUGUGCAUCCCAGGGGAGGUGUGAUUCAGAGUGUCUCUUCCUGGAAGCAUGGCUCAGGCUCACAGUACGUUACCGCUCAGCAAACACCAUCAUGGACAGCUGUGACUCCCCAGCAGAACUGGUCUUCACCCCCAGAAGUAGUAGACCUCACUUUGGAUGAGGAUACCAGGCGCAAAUAUCUACUGUAA